CUAAGACAAACGAGAGGUCGGAAGAAGACAAAGACAAUACCACAAGAGUUGGUAAAACAAAGUGAUAGUGAUUUCGUGGAUAAGGUGGUGACUAAUGAAGACUCGGAUGAGAGGAAGACAUCGACGACAGACACAGACCUCAAGAGUAUUAAAGACAAGACAUGUUAUGAACGGCUGAACCGAAAGCCAAACCGAGUCUUCAGAGUAAAGAUAAUUCAUUGCGAUUACAAAGACUGUGACUAUAAGUGCCGAUCGGACGCAGGACUGGCCUCUCAUAUGAAAUCACACGACAAUCAAAAGACCGAAGCCUAUAGACAGCAACGGCUAUCCCUUCACCACCGGUGCUAUCAUUUGUCCACCAAAUCAUAUAUAUGUGACGAAACCGACUGCGAGAAGGAGUACAAGAAGUUUAAGCACUUAAGAGCACACAUAACUCGUACCCAUAUUAACAAAACCAUUUGCUGUGAUUAUACCGAUUGCGGGAAACUCUUCAAAACGUUGACCACAAUGAGAGCGCACUACAAGUGUGUCCACAGCGACGACAAGCCAUUCAAGUGUCCGUACAAUGACUGCGGACAACGGUUUAUAAACAACAGCCGAUUGGAGUUACAUGUGGCCAGUCAUGCGACGGACCGGCAGUUUAAAUGCGAUUUCAUUGGCUGUCAUAAGGACUUCAAGACUGCGCCCGAACUUCAAUCACACAAACGGAUCCAUAACACGGAACCCACGUUUAAGUGCGCUGUCGAGGGCUGUCGACAACGGUUUCAUUUAUACACUCAACUCGAGAAACACCGACAGAGUGUCCACUCGUGGCCGCGUCGGGUCCGACAACCGGGUCGUCGGGUGUCGUGUCAUUGGCCCGGAUGUGACUUCACCACCACUAAAGCCAAGUCUGGGCUCAAACACCAUCAAUACAAACACACGGGUGAGCGGCCCUAUGUCUGCGAUUGGCCAGAAUGUGGCAAACGGUUCGCCCGACCCUUCGCUUUGAAAGAGCACAAGAAUAUACACAACAAUCUCAAGCCAUACGCCUGUCAUUGGCCCGGAUGUCAGUACCGGUGCGCCAAUACUGCAAAUCUCUGUAAACACUAUAAACAAGUGCACAAAAAA